UUGACAUUUUUGGGGAUUUUUAGGUCUUCCCUCAACGUGAUUUUGACCGGAAGCUCUAAUCUAUCUCCGUGAUUAAAACAAGUUUCUUUUCUCGGGAAGAACACAGAUCGAACAGCCCAAGCAAAGAAUCAACAUUUUUUAAGUGUAUGAUUCACGCGAUUCUGAUUCCGUCUCAGCAGCUGUUAAAUUCAAUUGGGUCUGAGCUAAACCUUGUAAAGAAUCAAUGACAGAGAUCUUUACUGACACUGGAUUCAGACAGUUAACACAAAUGCUCCUGGCGAUAAUCUUCUUCCACACAUCGGAAUACAUUCUCGCCAGAGCCAUUCACGGACCAUCGAGAGUCACUCUAAGCUCACUCCUAAUCACCAAACACUACGCUUUCGCAAUGCUAGUAUCCAUCCUCGAGUACCUAAUCGAGAUCACUCUCUUCCCGAACCUGAAACAGCACUGGUGGAUCAGCAACUUCGGUCUCGUAAUGAUUCUUCUCGGUGAAGUCCUUCGCAAAACCGCGAUCAUCACGGCGGGCAGAUCCUUCACGCACCUUAUAAAGAUCCGCCACGAGGAGCAUCACAGGCUUGUGACGCGAGGAGUGUAUCGAAUCGUGAGGCAUCCGAGCUACUCCGGGUUUCUUGUAUGGUCUGUGGGGACGCAGGUGAUGCUGUGUAACCCUGUUUCGGCGGUUGCGUUUGCGGUUGUGGUGUGGAAGUUCUUUGCGGAUAGGAUACCUUAUGAGGAGCAUUACUUGAAGCAGUUUUUUGGGAGACAGUAUGUGGAGUAUGCGCAGAGGGUUCACUCUGGUGUUCCUUUUGUAAACUGAAAAAAGAACAAUUUGAAUCAGUUAUUAACAUUUAUUUAUAGAUUACUAUUUGCAUAGAAAAUCAUUAAAAGAGAUUACUCAUGUUUUAACAUAAUUGUAUUUGUCCCUGGUGAGUGAGUAUUUGGUUGUUCUACUCAUGACUGAUAUUUUAUUUCUUUUGCCUUGGAUUUGA